GUUUUGCACCUCGUAAGUGUCUGAGUCCCUUGUCUCUCAGACCCUCCCCAACUCCCCUGCUUAAAGUAGUACACUCACACGUGCAGCUCGCUGCUUCUUCCGGGCUCCCGCAGAGUGUUCAGCAUGGAGGAGGAGGACGGGGCAGCGCGGCGCUUCAUGGGGAGUCUUCUGCAGGAUUUGCCACUGCAAGUAUCUACACAAAGCCGCCUGGUUAGUCGUGGGGAGGCGGAGGGAGAGCUGAAUGAAGCGGUGCUUAGGCUCCUGCGAAGCAGAGGGGCCCCACUGCAGCUUGCUGCCUGCCUGACUCAUGCUGUUGUGCAACAGACCCUACAGAGUGACCUGUCACCUUUUGUGGAAAAGAAUGAUGCUCAGACAAUAGAUGAGGAAACACAGGAGGAUGCAAUGAAGGAUGAGCUCCUCUCCACCGAUUCCUUACUCCACCGCUGCCUAACUUAUCUAAAGGAACUCAGUGGUCAGUGGCAGAAGCAGCUGCCCUCCUUGAUGCCACAGAAGCGUCAGUUCUGCAUAUCUACACAUGCCAUCCGUAACACACGCAGGAAGAUGGAAGAUCGACACGUAGUGCUACUUGAAUUUAAUCAGUUGUUUGGUAUAAAGGAUGGUGUGGAACGGGCCUAUUUUGCAGUGUUUGAUGGACAUGGGGGAAUGGAUGCUGCUAAUUACGCCGCUACUCACGUUCAUGUUAUGGUGGCACGUCAUGAGUUGCUGGCACAGGACCCAGCACAGGCACUUAAGGAAUCUUUUCAAUUGACGGAUGCCAUGUUCCUGCGGAAGGCAAAGAGAGAGAGACUUAGGAGUGGUACCACUGGGGUGUGUGCAUUGUUAGAGGGAGACCAGCUGCACGUAGCCUGGUUGGGAGACUCGCAGGCCCUUCUUGUACAACAGGGAAUCCAUGUGUCUUUGAUGGACCCUCACAAGCCUGAAAGAGAGGAUGAACGUCAAAGGAUAGAGUCGUUGGGAGGCUGCGUCGCUUAUAUGGGAUGUUGGCGGGUCAAUGGGACCCUUGCUGUUUCCAGAGCUAUUGGUGAUAUUGACCAGAAGCCGUAUGUGUCCAGUGAAGGUGAUGUGGUUUCUCGUGCCCUUAGUGGUUCUGACGAUUUCCUGGUGCUUGCAUGUGAUGGGUUCUUUGAUACAAUAUCACUGCAGGAAGUUCCUGGGCUGGUCCUGGGUCACUUACAAGAACAUAAAGGAGAUGGUCAACGUGUUGCAGAGAGGCUUGUUGCAGCAGCCAAAGAUGGAGGUUCUGCAGAUAACAUCACAGUACUCGUGGUCUUCCUGCGGCACCCCCGCAGUGUAUUAGAGGAUUAUCUAGCGCAAGGGAGUGUAGAAGGGGAGCCACUGUUUGAUUUUGGGGCUGAGGAUGUGGAGGCUGCCUCAGACCAUGCAGGGUGAUUUUUUUUUAAUCCAUCUGUACUCGUGAAAGCUCUUCAAAGCUGUAUAAAGGAAACCUGAGACAGGAGUGGGAAUUGUAAAAAGUACGUGGCCCGAGAAUGAUGCCUAAAUUCUCUGUUUUAAAAGCAAAAUAACUUGGCAGAGAAGUCAUUUUCCUCUGCGAGUAGUAACAAACAAAGUUGAAGCCCAUAUUAGCGAAGGGGCUAACAGUAUUAUAGUUAGGUCAUAGAUUUGUGCAAAGGGAUUCAAAUCACUAUUAUUGUACUGAGCUAUUCAGAGCAGGCAGUGCCAUCCGUUUGGAAGAUAGUCCACAAAAGAACACAAUUAUAUCCUGCUGUGUCUACAGUAUUACGACAUCUUUGAUGCCAGCAGCACAAAACCUUUUUUUUUCUGCUUUACUGGCUGCAAAAAUGUUAAUCAUCUGAAGGUGUUAAACUGUUUACCUGUGUAAUGCAUGUGGACAAAGCCACGGACAAUAUUUGUCCUGUUCCAAAACAUGCUGUCUUGUGUCAGAUGAGCAAGCCUUGUUUUACGCUAGCCUAUAAAAUAACAUUGUGCUGCUCUGUGAGAUUAGGCCUUGACUGGCUCUCAGAUCUUUUGAUGGCCAUACUGAAUUGGAGCAUGCAAAGGAAACAGAGUUGUAAUCAGGGAUUCAUCAAAUAUAUUCUGCCAGCUGCAUUAGCUAUUGGUAGGAAAAUACAUGAUUUAUUCAUUGUAACUCCUUCAGUGCUUAAAAUGCUUGAACGUUGUUAUUGACACAGCUUGAAAUGGGUUAUACACUUUAAUAAAUAAACUAUAUGAGUAUUUAGUUGCUCUUACCUCUACAGUGUUAGCAUAGCCCCCUCUAGUACUUUAUUGAAACCUUCUGCCUUGACAUGAAAAAAAUAAAACGCUUGACUUGCUUAGAGCCAGUUAACCUAAAUACAAUGUGCAUCCGUAUUUUAAAUAUUGGUUAAUUAUAUUUAAAUUUUUUGUAAAUGUAUAUGUGUUGUGUUGACUUUUAUACUCGUUCAUAUGUUUAUCUCUAUUUAACUAUAUGUGCUCUUAUUAGAAACCAUUUAACUAUAUGUGCUCUUAUUAGAAACCAUUUAACUGAAUGUGCUUAUCUCUGCCUCAAGGCUGAUUAAUGGAUCAUUAACACAAAAGGUUUGAAAAGCUUAUGCUCUUGUGCUGUAUUCUUCCCCAGCCUGGAAUUGUGAACUUAUGUAAAGCUAAUUUCAUUAAAUUUAUGUUCUUUAGUUCUAUAAUAAUAUGGAUCAUAUCAGGAGGUCAUUAUUUAACCCAUGCAUGUCCUGUUUUAUAUUUGUCAAUUCAGGGAUCUGGUUUAUAUAAUUUAGCUGAAGAACCAUUUAUUUGCUCCUUGCAAGCUUGAGACAUUGUCCUCAGACAAAGUCAAGGAAAACCCCAUUGACGCUGAUUACUUAAAUGGACAUUACAGUAAUUUUUCUUUAUGUAUGGAUAGCAUAUAUCCGUAAUUAAAUACUGCACUGGGAAAGAUCUGCAUAAAAAAUGCUUUUAAAACUGCCAUUUGGUUUGGCUAUUUGAAAUAAUGAUGAGGGUAAUUUAUGGACUCUGUAAAACCAAAGCAAUUUAACUUUCAUGUCACUAUUGCAAGCAUUAGAGUUCCUGAAGUUUGCCGGAAUUUUUAAUUUCAAAUUUAUAUUAAUUUCAUUUGGCUUUGUGAUCUUGCAUCCUUUUUAUAUGUUGAAUUUAAUACCAGAUGUUAGACCUUAUACUGUUUACAAAACUUAACAUGCAAGCUUUUAUGAUUGGAACAGGUCAGAAUGUCGGCCAUAGAUCAGGUCUGGUUAUACCUUCUCCACAUUUAGAAUUUUUUGAUGGAACUGUAUAACACAUAGCUUGUCUCCAAGGCAAGUAAGAAACCUUUAGACCAGAAAAUUCUAAAGAUCUUAAGCUCUGGUUACUGUUUUAUCAGAUAGUAAAGUAUAGUACAGAUUAAACAAAAUAUAUUAUUGUGCUCUCCAGAUAAUUCGUAACAACCUCUACUUAUCUGAUUCUUCAUUAAUUAGUGACAACAGUAGCUGCAAAAUACCUUAAAUAACAAGUAUCACGUCUACCAAUGGUAUUUGGCACCUUGUAGAAAGAACAGUGUUACAUAUAGUGUUGCAAACAUUGCUGCCAUAUAUUGCUCAAGACGUGCAUGCUCCUGAGCCCACUUAUGUGUUCUCUUUAACAAAGGACACCAAGAGAAUGAAGUUAGUUUCAUUUAGCCAUAGCCAAGUUUUUAAAUCCAUAUCAAAAACAUUUGAAAUUGAAAAUUGAGGGUAACAUACUAAAGAAAACUCUCCUAGAAAAUAUUUAGAAGAGUAGCAUAGUUACAUAAGAUCCACAUUUAGUGUUCCUGAAGAAUGAGGAAAUAUUCAGAAUAGUUCCAGAAUAUUAUCUAAUGUAGAUUAGAUUCCAUGUGUAAGAGGAAAUUUGCUUCUGCUGUGCUAAUUCUGUGUUUCACACACAACAGUGCUUAAGUAUCUUGGGUGUAAAAUGUUGGUCUAUAUUUUUUCCUAUUUUAUUUUUUAUUUUUUUAAGGCCAGUGUAGCACUGGUAGGAUAGAUUACACCCAUGUAUUGCCAAAGGGGUUGAGGGCACACUUUUUAUAUAUAUAGACCAGACAUAUUCACAAUAGAAGUGUGAAGUUCACCACAUACUUUAAUUUGAUGUUUUUGUUUUAUUUGUGGUGGGAAAGUUGUAAUUCUAUAUAUUUGUUUUAAUGUCAAUAAAUGAAAACCCACCCAAAUGGUAUGCCCCAUUUGGUAAAUUAACUAAUAUAGGUAGCAAAGGAUGCAUUCAUUUCUAACCUUAGUUAUGAAGAAGGUUCAGAGUAUUUUGAACAUAAGCACUUCGAUAAAACAUAGGAACUGAAAAGAUUGGAGAGGCUGCGAAUGAAUAUAGCUCAUUGUGCAUUUGAAUCCUUGUGAGCAGGUGUUCCUGUCUAUCGGCUUUGAGGUGGAACUUAACAUUUGAUAAAUGUGUUUAUCCAUAUGAACAAAAUUACCUCAUUAAGGGUAAAUAUUAUUUUGUACUAAAAUGACCUCUCCAUAGUUUGGUAGGAGAGACAAGCAUUGUGCUGUUAUCUGGAGGCCAAAUUAGGCCUCUAGUCCCCAAACUAACCGUACUUAAACUGUUAAAUAAAGCUAUAUAUUCUGUUCAGUAUUGUGGUAUAUAACCCAAAGAUAACUAGACUGUUAUUCUGUUAUUGAUCCAUUUGUAUUGUUAAAUAAACAUCUUUAUACGUAUGUGUGUAUACA